UUCAUGUAAACAAAUGCAUCUAAAUGAUCAGAAGAUUUGUCACACCUUAAAAUAUAACUAAUAACUGACAAUGUAACGCAGGAUGUGAACUCGAGGAGAUCUUCAGAGAAAAGGAAGUACAGUGAGCUUCCACACAAUCAGUCAUGGCGGACAGCGGUGACAGAAGGCAGGACAGAGAUGAAGAGGGUGAGGAGAAGCUUAAAAUGCAGGAAGCAGCGAGGAAGGUUCUCCAGAGGCAGACAGAGGCAGAAGGCCAAGGAGUAGAACUACAUGAAGUUACUGCAAACUUGAGAGCAAGUAACCAUAGCAUUCCACACCAUGACAACAGUGCAAAUCAGGAUGAUCAACUACCAACAUAUGAGGAAGCAAUGAAUACGAGAGAUCAAAGUCAUGAUGAUCAGGGAAUUUCCUCAUCAGUUGAUGAUCAUCGAAUUUCGUCACAAGAGGAAAUUGAUGAAGUGGAGCGUCGUCCCCUACGACCCUCGUAUCGACCUCACAGUCCAGGGGCCAGGAGGGAUUUAUAUAUAGUUCCAAGGACAGAUCAAGAUUUUGCUUCUAAUGAUGUCCCUGAACCACAUAAAACUCCACCGGCUUCUCAUUCCGCCUCAAUGAUGUCAUUAGAAGAACCUCCGACACCCAUACCAGAGCCAUCUCCUGUGGGUGUAUUUACAGUGGAGGAAGGGAGAACUCAAGACAGAGAGGAGGAGUCGGGAUCUCGUCUACAGAAGUUUAUUCGCCGUCGUAUGGAGAACGUAUCGUUUAAUCAGCUGUGCUGUGCUGUCAUUCUGGUGACUGGGAUCAUCUCAGCCAUUGUCUUUUUAGGGGUUUUCCCUGCCAGCUUUGUGUAUUUAGAUUAUCAUAAGAUUGCCAUGAAAUAUAACAAAAUUACUGGUGUGGUGGAUAGAUCCACCACUUAUGAGUUUGGCUGUUAUAUCCUGGGCCCUAGUGUGGGCUUUCUGGAGUUUGAUGCGACUGCCCACACUGUGUCCAAAACUCACGGUGUCUUCACACUUGACAAGCUGCCCAUCGAAAUUACCUACCAUGUGCAAUACUUCCUUAAAAAGAAGGAGCUUGGAGAUCUCCAUAAAGAAUUCGGAGUGGAUUAUGAUUAUGUCAUUAGAAGUGUCAUAGAGAGUGAAAUAAAGAACCUGGCGGUACCUUUCAGUGUGGAUCAGUUUCGAUUACAUCGACCCACGCUGGAGAAAUAUUUUCAUAGAAAAUUAAGAGAAAGGCUGGAAG